AACUACAUGUGUGUAUUUUUCUUUGCUAAGUCUCUGAUACACAGCGUUUCUGUUGAAAUAUUGGAGCAAAGGGUGUGGUGGCUGUAACAUUUAGUUGCUAGCUGCAAGCAGCGUCGGUUCCGGUUAUACACUGGAGCUAACGUUACCCUGUUGGCCUGUACGACUUCUUAUGUAGUGGCAUUGAUACCACAUUAACUCACCCCUUUACUGGAGUGAUGGUGGAGUCCGUUCGUCUGUCCAGGACUUGAAACUUGUUGAAGAAUAUGAGGCUGAAGGAGAUCCAGAGGACUGCCCACCAGGCGUGGAGUCCUGCCGAGCACCAUCCGAUCCACCUGGCCUUCGGAACAUCAGCACAACAGCUGGAUGCCUCUUUCAACACCACAGCUGCCCUGGAGAUAUUUGAGGUGGAUUUCUCAGAUCCAUCUCUGGACAUGCAGCUCAAAGGGUCAUUACCCACCUCAAACAGGUUGCACAGUAUCGUAUGGGUGAAUUUUGGAAUGGGAGCUGAUGGUACUGGAGGGAGACUGGUUGGCGGCAGUGAGAAUGGCACAUUAACUGUAUAUAACCCAGAGGAGAUAAUGAGCUCCGGUGCAGAGGCAGUAGUGGGGCAGUCUGACAAACACACAGGACCCGUCCGAGCACUCGAUUUCAACCCCUUUCAGAGUAAUCUCCUCGCUUCAGGAGCAAACGAUUCAGAGAUAUAUAUCUGGGAUCUGAACAACUUUAACAGUCCAAUGACCCCAGGAGCAAAGACGCAGCCUGCUGAAGACAUCAGUGUUGUGUCCUGGAACAGGCAGGUUCAGCACAUCCUGGCCUCUGCCAGCCCCAGUGGGAAAGCAGUCGUGUGGGAUCUGAGAAAGAACGAGCCCAUCAUCAAGAUCAGUGACCACAGCAACAGGAUGCACUGUUCAGGAAUGCUCUGGCACCCAGAUGUGGCCACUCAGUUGGUGCUGGCCUCUGAAGAUGACCGAAUGCCAGUCAUCCAGAUGUGGGACCUCCGCUUUGCCACUUCGCCCCUCAAAGUCUUUGAGAACCACACGAGGGGGAUUCUGUCUAUAUCCUGGAGCCAGGCGGACUCUGAGCUCCUGCUGAGUAGUGCUAAAGACAACAGGAUCCUCUGCUGGAAUCCAAACACUGGAGAGGUCAUCUAUGAGCUUCCAACAAUAAACCAGUGGUGUUUCGAUGUCCAGUGGUGCCCCAGGAAUCCAGCCCUCCUUUCAGCCGCCUCAUUUGAUGGCAGAAUCACUGUCUACUCUGUUAUGGGAGGAAGCUUGAAGGCUCAGCAGCAAAGCACAGCUGAUAAGAUAUCCUCUUCAUUUGAUUCAAUGGACCCCUUUGGGACAGGGCAGGUGCUCCCACCCCUGCAAGUUCCUCAGCCUGCAGUGCAGGACACCAUAGUUUCCCCUCUGAAGAAGCCACCUAAGUGGGUGCGCCGGCCAGUGGGCGCUUCCUUUGCAUUUGGUGGAAAGCUGAUAACAUUUGAGAAUCCCAAGCUGCCUCCAGUGCAGAGCCCCCAGCCGGUCCCCAGACAAGUGUUUAUGAGCCAGGUUACCACGGAGACAGAGUUCAUCCAGCGCUCCAGGGAGCUGCAGGCAGCGCUGCAGACGGGCUCCUUCAACAACUACUGCCAGGCCAAGAUUCAGAGCGCCAAGUCAGACGCUGAGCAGGACAUAUGGAAGUUCCUUCUGGUGAACUUUGAGGAUGAAGCCCGUGUGAAAUUCCUCAGACUUUUGGGUUUUAGCAAAGAUGAACUGGAGAAAAAGAUUUCAAAAUGCCUGGGGAAAAGUUUUCAGCACAAUGGACAUGGAGUGGAUGCCAAAGAUCUGGCAGAAAAGAUGCAGCGGCUCUCCACCGAGAGGUCUGAUGUGGCAACUGCUGUAGGUGAUGCCAGAACCUCUGGUUCUGUUUCCCCGGCAGACUUCUUUACUCAGUCUCCAAAGGAAAACUCCAAUUUCCAGAUCCCUAUUUCGUGUGACACCGAUGGUUUGAUAAGCCAGGCGCUGCUGGUUGGUAACUUUGAGGGAGCUGUGGAUUUGUGUCUUAACGACGGCCGUUACGCUGAAGCCAUCCUCUUGUCCAUCAGUGGCGGGGAGGAGCUGCUCAAGAAAACUCAGCAAAAAUACCUAAGCAGUCAAAAGAACAGCAUUUCAAUGCUCAUCUCAUCAGUGGUGACCCAGAACUGGAGAGACAUAGUGCAAAGCUGUGAGUUAGACAAUUGGAAGGAGGCUCUCGCUGCUCUGCUGACUUACGCUCACCCUGAAGAUUUUGCCCGUCUGUGUGAUACCCUGGGAGGUCGGUUGGAGCAUGAGAGGACGGAGAAGCGCUGCCUGCAGGCCUGCCUGUGCUACAUCUGCUCUGGGAACAUUGAGAAGCUAGUGGAGUGCUGGGCCUUGCAUAGAGACUGCUCCUCCCCUCUUGGUCUAGAGGAUCUGGUUGAAAAGGUAAUGAUGCUGCGUAAGUCAAUCGAACGCCUCCGCAACAGUGAGGUGGAGAUCCAGAGCCCCAUCCUGGCUGAGAAGCUAACCUGCUACGCUGGCAUACUGGCUGCAGAGGGCAGUCUGGCCAUUGCCAUGACCUACCUGCCUGUGAACUCAGACCAAGCCGGGAUCACAAUGCUAAAAGACCGGCUGUUCCACGCUCAGGAAGAGGCUGCCGUUGGACUGCACCAUCCAAACAGAGUCAAUGUGCCCACAGCCAAGCCCACUCCUGCUGCUCAGAUUCCUACACCAAAAGCACAAAUUAUGUAUCAGCCCUCUGCUACUUCCCAGGCUAGCCAACAGCAGCCUGCUAUGCCGUCGAUUUUUACCCCACAGGCUCCACCUGGUCUGCCGCCUUUUUCUCAUGUACUGCCGCCCAGUGGGACCCGCCCUGCCUUGAGGCCUUCUUACCCUCAACAUCCUGCUCCGGCUCCAGGUUUCCUUCCUCAUCAGCCAUUCCAGCCCCAGCCUAUGGCUGUUGGGGGACCCUCAGGCUUCCCUCCUCAAGGUCCUUCCAUGCAAGCUGCUAACUUAUCAGGACCUCCACUACCACCUCCGUCAUCGACCACUGGAGGCCUGUUCACCAUGCCCAGCCCCGGGGUGCCACCGACAAGCUUCAUGCCGUCUACCUCUUCACCCACGGGCCCCAUGCCACCCAGCUCCCAACCCGGAGCCCCGGUUCCCAUGUAUCCAGGGAGCCUCUACAACCAGGGGCCUGCACCCCCCAUGGCAUCUGGUCCCUAUGCCCCUCUCGGAUCAGGGUACCCACAGGGAGGCCCCGGAGCUCCUGCUGUAAAGCCCUUCUUGGCCCCGGCUGUUGCUCCUCCUCCUACAGGAUUCUUUCCCUGGCUGAAUUCCCAGUGUGACCAUCAAGGACCCCAAGAAGGCUGGAAUGACCCACCGGCAGUACGAGGUGGACCCAGAAAGAAGAAGCUCCCUGAUAACUACACUCCACCAGCCCCCAUCACUGCCCCUGUGAUGGGAUUCCCUGUGGAGGCUCCUCAGCCACACAACCACACCCAGGUCCCCCCCGGAGCCCCCCAGGAGCCCAGCGUUCAGCUUCUCCAGCAGCUGCCAGCGGAGAGGGUGGAGCAGAAGGAAAUCCCUGCUGAUCACAUGGUCCUGAAAUCCACCUUUGACAGUCUGGUGCAGCGCUGCCAGCUCGCAGCGGGAGACCCACAAACAAAAAGGAAACUAGAUGAUGCAGCCAAACGUUUGGCAUACCUGUACGACAAGCUGAGAGAGCAGUCGCUCUCUCACAACAUUCUGAACGGGCUCCACGAGAUCAGCCGCUGUGUGGCGAGCCAGAACUACCCGCGGGGUCUGGAGGUCCACACCCAGGUGGUCAGCAGCAGCAACUUCAGCGAGAUCUCCGCCUUCAUGCCCAUCCUCAAAGUGGUCAUGACCAUCGCCAACAAGCUGGGCGUCUAACCCCAGGGGGAGAGGGGGGGGGUACACCAACAACCAGUGUUAUCAUAUUGUUAUAUAUGUAUUUAUUUCUUCUUGACCUGACGACGUGCUUUGAUAAUGACAAUAAUUACUGAUGAUAUUGCAGAUUGUGGUACAUACAUACAUAUUCCUUCCCGGUGGCUGAUGUGGGCAGUGAGGUGGACUUUUGUAGAGAUUUGUCGAUGUUGCUGUGGUGAUUUUAUGAUAAAAUGAAUGUAUAUGAAAAAGUUGUGAUUCUGUGUAAAUUCAACGGUUGGUGUAAUAUACAAAGUUUGAAUCAAGGCGGUGUUGCAUUUUCACAGUCCACAUUACACUGGUGCAUAUUUUUCUUCUCAUGCGCUUGAUUGAAUACACGCAGUGCUCUAAACAAAACCUCCGGGACUAGCAGCUCUGAUGUCCACAGAAGGGGUGGAAAUGGUGCCAAUAAAAUUGGGUUGAUCUUCCUGCUGUAACAGAUUGUGUCAAAGCGCUGCAGAAGGAUGCCAUACGGCGAGUGUCAAGUUGCUGAUUUGAGUUUAAUUUCUUAGAACUGUUGUUUCCUGAUCGGUGGUGUGAACGAUUGAAUCUUUUCUCUUUUUACAGUCAGACUUUCUUCCGUUUGCAUGUUAUUUUUCCUGCCGAGUUCACAUGGCAGCUCAUUAGCAGAAAUAACAUUAAUUUAUGUUGAACUGCGAAUGAAUUGACGUCCGUGCUGCACCUUUAAAGAUGCGUUCACUCACCUUUCUACCCGGGUCACGUCUUAUCCUUUGUAACUCUGAAGUAGUGUUUUUUUGUUUUUUUUUAUCGUAUUUGCUUUAGAUUAGAUCAUACGAUGAUUACCAACAUAAAUGAACUGACAAAUGAGAACAUGUGAUCAUGAUGUAUGAAGCUGGAUAUCAAACUAAGGCAGUACAGUGCCUCCCUGUGCUCAUUUUGGUUGCACAGACAUUUAUACAAUCCACAUUGCUUACUUUAUUCAUGCCAGUAUCUUUUUCAAAUAAAACUUAACUUCAAAGGU